UCCAGCCGGCUCGGUCCAGCGCGUCGCCGGAUCUGGCGGCCAGCGGCUAGCGGUCCUCACGCGCUACAGAUCCCCCGUCUUCUUUGAAAGGAAGACUUGAGGAAGACUCAAGUCAACUCAACCCAGAUCUCGUUGGGUUCAUUUAUAUGCGACUCCGGCUAACAACGAAACCAUUCAUCUCAGAAUCCUCAUCCCCAUUUCGUGCUUCUGUUCCCAGCUUCUAGCAUAGCUCAAGUGUUCCACCUUCUCCAGUACUAUAUAUAUCGUCAGAAAUGAACACCGAAGGGAACGGGCAGAGUGUUCUAAGCACAUUACCCAAGGAACUACCGUUAGACUUCUUGAGGACUAUCACAAAUCAGUUCUCAGAGGACCGUGUUCUUGGUACAGGUACAUUUGGAACAGUUUAUACGGGAAUUAUGCCAGAUGGACAACACAUUGCCGUGAAGAGGCUUGCCGAAAAUGCUCCCCUCCCACGUGACAAAGCAAUUACCAAUGAGGUUCAGAAUAUCAUGGCUCUCAAACAUGACAACAUAGUAAAGCUGGUUGGGUUUUGCCAUGAAGGACAGAAGAGAGUGGUACUGAACAAUGGGAGGUAUAUUGUUGCAGAUGUUUUUGAAAGCCUACUCUGCUAUGAGUAUUUACCCAAGGGAAGCCUUCUGAAGAACCUUUUUGACAGAUCCAAUAGCAUGGCUUGGGACACACGCUUCAAAAUAAUCAAGGGGAUCUGCAAUGGUUUACUUUUCCUUCAUAGGAUUCCCAUUAUCCAUAUGGACCUCAAGCCCGAAAAUAUAUUGUUGGAUGACAACAUGAACCCAAAAAUCGCGGACUUUGGACUUUCCAGGCUCUUUGGCCAAGAACAAACGCGGGCGAACACACAGAAUGUUGUGGGAUCAUACGGAUACAUAGCUCCAGAAUAUUUGUACAGAGGUGAAAUCUCCGCCCAGUCGGACAUAUAUAGUUUAGGCCUACUAAUCAUCGAGACUACCACUGGUGAGAAGAAUCAACCCAAACAGAACGAACCGUCAGCAAGAGAUUUUAUUGAAAAUGUACGUCAAAAUUGGACAGACGGGCGCAUAGCAUCCAGAUACUCAACGUUAAAAGCAAAUGACCUCCAGGAAAUAAAAGUAUGCAUUAAAAUUGGUCUAGAGUGUGUGCAGAUUGAUCGGAAGAAGAGACCUUCCAUUGAAAAUAUUGUUCAGAGGCUCGACGGACGCUGUGCAAACUGAAUGGCAAACCAGGUCUCCAACGCUCCCAUGCAAGCAUGAAAGUAGGACCUUCUCACAAAACAAGGGCACCAUGGAAAGAAAAGAACUUGCUCUGUUAUUACUAUAAUGAAUUUAUUUCCGAAGCAAUAAGCUGUGUUGUCACGUCACCGUAAAAAAAACUUAUGUUGCAUUAUCUCUUGUAGUCCAUGGUUUUAUACUCCAAAGGCAAUGUUGUUUUUCUAUUUAGUGCGGUUUGAAAUUUCUUGAUGCAAUGAUAUUCAUUAUCUCUUUCAA